AAGCAGAGCAAGCCACCCAGCCAGAGAACAUUACUGUGCACAUGCGCAGACCAGCCAAUCGCCUCACCCCGCCUCGCCUUACCUCGCUGUGCCUUACUGGACCCUCGUAGUUUGGGCCCGAUAUCGACUGGAAGGUCAGACGAGAGAAAUCGCCACGCCUCGAACAACCCCGCGCAGCUUUGCGCCAGUUAUAUAACGAUGCCCCUCAUGACACGCUCCAACUCGAGCGUUGGGGUAAGCACCGCAGUUAUGGCCUCCCAGGAAGAGCCCAUACAGCCAUCGUACCGAGGCUACGGCACAAUCGCUUCCCAGCGACCUGCGCAGCGCCAAAGACGGCACUCAUGGCACACACGCCCCUGCAUGCAGGAAGCAGAGAACUUCCAGGUCCUGCUUCGUAACUUUCUCGUCGAACUCAACUGCCGCAUGGACUUUCUGGAAGAUUAUGGCCACCUCAAAUACGAUGCCGGAGUCGAAUACGCCUACAACACACUGCUUGCCGUCCGCGAGUCCUGCUCGAAGAUGUCGGAUGGCGCAAUCGAGGCCGGACGGCGGCAGGCUUCUGUAUUCGUCGAGACAUUGGAGGGACGAUACAAAGAUGCGAUGGAACGGAAGGAGACAUUCGGGGAGAAAGUCCUGGAAGGAAUAGUGCUCAUGGACAACUACCUGACCGAGUUUGAGACGCGCGCAUAUGCUAUAAGAGACGGAUCCAUCGGCUCCUACGCGCAAGAGGUCUAUGAGGAAGGUCGGAGAAAGAUGGACGAGGGAAUCGAGAUCGCAAAGGGCGUGGUAGACGGCGGUCUCGACAAGGCACGACGCGCGCGUGAAACAAUCGAACUCCGAGUUGAGCACGCUGUGCAACAAGCCCUCGAGCGAGCAAAGGCACACGGCCUAAUACACUACGAGGACUUGCCCGAGCCCUGGCGAGUCAACCCCCACAUCCUCAAAGGCUACCGCUUCCAAGAAGGAAAGUGGGCUUGCGUCCGAUCCAUCUUCGGCCUUCACAACGAGCUGAUUAAUAUCUGGACGCACCUCCUCGGAUUCAUCAUGGUCCUCGCCAUCGCCUUUUACUUCUAUCCUUCGAGCACCAACUUCAGCAUGUCGACAAAAGCCGAUAUCUUCAUAGCAGCAGUCUUCUUCUUUGCGGCAUGUAAGUGUCUGGCCUGCUCGACCAUCUGGCACACCAUGAACAGCAUCUCCCACCAAACGCUGCUCGAGCGCUUCGCCUGCGUAGACUACACGGGUAUUUCCCUUCUCGUUGCCGCAUCCAUCAUGACGACCGAAUACGCCGCCUUCUACUGCGAGCCCGUCUCGCGCUGGUCAUACAUGUGCAUAACAGCACUACUUGGCAUCGGCGGCGUGAUCCUACCCUGGCACCCAACCUUCAACCGAGCCGACAUGGCCUGGUUCCGCGUCCUGUUCUACUGUUCCCUUGCCCUGACUGGCUUCUUGCCCUUUGGCCAGCUUGCCUACACCCGUGGCCUCGAGUGGGCGCAGUACUUUUACGCGCCCAUCACCAAGAGUCUGCUCGUGUACAUUACCGGCGCGUUACUGUACGCGAGCAAGACGCCUGAGCGCUUCUUCCCCGGCUUGUUCGAUUACGUGGGCUGCUCGCACAACAUCUGGCAUGUUGCUGUGCUGGGAGGUAUCAUCUUCCACUACAUGGCUAUGCAGACCAUGUUUACACAGGCUCUUACUCGCGCUCAGACUAGCUGCUCUGUGUACUAGGAGCAUCUUUUCUUGACGAUUUUCUCCGUACCUCUUACUUAUCCUUUCUUUUCUUCCCCUUCUCCCUGCAGAGCGUUCGGCAUUAUGGAGCGAGUUGGUUUGUUUGCAUUGGGUCGGCGUCUGACCUAUAGAUGUUGAGAUGAUGGGCAGAGGAGAAGGGUCCGGUUGGCGGACGCUAUGCGGGACGCUGUAUCUGAACUCAUAUAGACCGUCGAUAAUUACUACAUCAUGAAUCUCUGAACACUCAUCCCAACCUUCGCCUAACAAUGUGCGUUUUUUUUAUAAAUACGUGCCAUUCAUUUCUGCACCAGCAACCUCUG